AUGUACGGUGAUUGCUACAAAAUCUCAGUGAAUGGCGAUGAAGUCUAUCCAGAGAAUGUGAAGAAUUUCCGUGAUUCAUCGGAUCAAUUGAAUGGAAAUGAAUGUGGAGUCGAUGAUUUGAUUGAAGAGUAUUUGAAUCGAAAUGAUGUGUUUCAAGCUUUACGAGUCGAUCUGAUGAAAAACAACAAUCAACCGUUCAAAAUUUGCAGAAAUGUAUCCGAAUAUCAAGCUGAUUACUCAUUCAAGACGAAUCUCCCCUACAUUCUAUCACAUUUUAUUUACCGACAAAAUGACAUGAAGAUUUUGAUCCUGAAUGGUGAUGUUGAUCUAGUCUACAAUCACAUUGGAGUUGAGCGCUUUCUCAAUGGAAUAAAUGGAGUGAAAAACAAUUUGGAUUUCUCAACAAUCAAAGGUGCAGGUCAUUGGAUCGGUUUAGAUCGACCAAUGCAAUCCCUGCAAAUCAUGUACAAUUUCAUGAAUGAUCAAAAUUACAGAUAUCUCCAAGAU